AUGGCGGCACCCACCGCAGAGGCCAACUCGAAAGAGUCCGCCAGUCCCAACAACGCCAACGCAACGAGACCCGAAUCGCCCAAGACCUCUCCCGCCUACUGGGGCUACCUCUUUCAGGAUGACAAGACGCCGACAAAAACCCUCGAGGCCUUGUUGCGCGCCGUCGCAAAACACAUUAUGGCAGAAAUCGGCGACAAGCGUAUUCACUUCUUGACGCCCACCAAGCUGGCUGCCUUUUACCGGGCCGUCGGCGGCGAUUACGACUCCCUCUUUACCGGCAUGGACCAUCAGUCCAUAUCCUACAUCUGGCGUGUUACUGGCUGCCAACACUCCUUACAGCCCAUUCCCGGCAACGACUUCGAACCUCCGUCCGUCCCUGCCUUGACCCCGCGCGGCUUCGUGCGCUGGGAGUCGAUCGAGAUCCUGCUCGGGCCUGAAGAGCACGUCCCCUUCAUGCAAUAUGUCGUCAAAAACUGGGCGCUGAAGCACCCCGAAACGGGCGAGCCCUUUCCAACCGAGCUGCCCAAGGAAGCCUUCCCACUCGAAGCCGACACCGAGGUCGACAAGUGGCACAAGGCGUGCGCCGAGAAACUGAAGAAAGACGCCACGCCUCGAUCCGACCCGGCCGCGUCCAAGCAGCCCCAUCAUGAGCACUCAUCCUCGGGACCAGAGCGGGACGAACCCAAAGUCAAGGUCGCCUACGCGCAUUUUCGCAACCCAUAUCCGGAGCCCUCGCCAAGGAUGCGCCCAUCCCAGCCCGACUACUUCAACCGGCCCAUGCCCUUCUCUCACGUUCCUAGCAGGGCAGCAAGCCAGCGCAUUCCUAUCCCACAUUCGCCCCUCAACGAACGGCAUCGACCGGGAAGCUCCUCGGCCGAUGAACGCAGCCGCCGCCGCAGCUUCUCCGACUACCCCUCGCCAUCACAUGAUCCGGUGCAUUCUCGUAGCAACUUUCCGCCGGGCAGGCCUGGAGCCCCGCCACGACGUCACAGCCAGACGAAGCACUCGAGCUCGGAUGCGCCGUCUGAUUCGGAUGGCGGGAACGCGAGCCCGGAUACCAAACGUCGGCCGCAGAGCCACGAAUCGAUGCGCCCCCCGCCCACCAUUCGCCGCAUGGCUCCCAAGAACUCACAGGUCCCUCCAUCACCGGCCGUCACUGCGACAGCACAAAAUCUCCAUCCUCACCGAGCCGAGACGAGAGCAGAUGAGACGCGCAAGCGCACGCUACCCAUCCCAGAGGUUAUCAGGGACAAGUUUGACAAGGUCACCUCGUUCUUGCCGGGUAGUCGAUCGCCCGAUCGGCACCGAAGCACCUCAGGUCGGCGGAGCGAGCGUGAACGAGACCGCGAGCGUGAACGGGAACGCGAGCGCGAGCGAGAAAGGGAACGCGAACUGUUAGCUGCGCGUAGGAAGCGUGAUCAGAUGGCGCGCGCCAACGGGGCGUCCAGGCUCAGUCGCAGCUGGUCUGAUAAAGAUUCCGAUGAGUCGGACGCCGCCUCUGACGAGAGCGCCGUCGAGAGGCGCCGACGCCAGCGGCUUCGAGAGAAUCGUGACAAGGAACGGGACGAGUAUCAACGCGACCGCGAGAGGGCUGACCGUGACCGCGAACGCGAGAGAGAGCGGGAGCGAGACCGCGGCAGAGAUCGCGGCCGCGAGAAGGAAUGGGAACGGCAGCGCGAACGCGAGCGGGAAGACGAGCGUGAGAUGCGCAAGCGGGCGCCGCGGUACAUACCGCGCCCCGAGGCCCAGCGCCGGACCAGCAGCCACGCUGACGUUGAUCGCAUGCGGGAUGAGCUAUGGGACCCUCGCGACCGCGAUUUCAGGGACGACAGGAAAAGGUGGAACGAGCGAGAGCGGGCCGUGAGCCCAAUGACUGGUGUUGGGGGACGACGAUACCCUGCUGAGCCUGGCUGGAGCUGA